AUGGGCUCUGUGUCCUUCUCAGGUGUCAUCUGUGACGUCCUGUCUGUCUCACCUGUGGAGAUCACCUGUCGAACACGUGCAAAACCACCUGGCACGAGACGAAAACAGCUCUAUCCUGGAAACCGAGGACUUCUCUACGAGAUCUGGACAAAAACUUUCACUUCUGACGUUCGUGACGUCACCAAGCUUCCAUCAACAUCCGGGGACUACAAAUCCUUCUUCGCCCCAGAAGCCGCAAACCCACCGAAGGCCGUGACUGGAGAGUGGAACCGAUACAGCUUUAGACUCAGUGGGUUUUUCGUGCCACCGGUUACAGCCGAAUAUACCUUCUGGAUCUACUCAGACGAUCAGAGCGUUCUCUCCCUGAGCGACUCGGACAGGAAGGAAAAUAAGGUUGAAAUUGCUGAAUGCCCAUCCUACACAUCCAGCUACUUCACAAACCGGUCCCAAAAGUCAGUGAAGCUCCCUCUAGCGGCCGGCGAGCGGUACUACAUGGUAUCCGUGGCGCAUGACUAUGGUGGCCCAGACUACACGAUAGCGAUACAGAUACCUGACGAAAGUAAUGGACCGGAGGAGUUUUCCCUCCUUUGGGACGGCGUCAGGUCCAAACCUAUUCCUACUGCUGCCACAGCCCUACAGAUCCAGGAGGCAGUGGAAGCCAUGUUGACAGUUCAGUGUGUACAGCCUGUGCCCUCAGAUGUCCUGUUCCACCGUGAUUACGAGACGGUGCAUGGCACCGUGUGGGGUACCCUGUCACGGGACACCGAGCCGUACUGCGGACGGGCGUCCCUCCGUCUCCCCGCCUACCUUUUCGGGCACGGUCGGGUGAAGAUGCGUGAGGAUAGUGAGGCCAUCCCCAUGUUUGACGUUGACGACUACCCGAUUGUGUGCCUCGCCUACAAGGGCCAUGUUGCCCGAAGUCUUGCUGUCCAGCUCCGGUACCACAACAAGUUUGUUGAUGACAUCAGAACGGCGUGGAGGCACUAUCAAAUCUUCCCAGAAGCCACAGAAGAUGAAAAAUGGCAGUACACCUGCGCAGAUCUCCGCAACCUCACGCAGGAUGAUCAGUUUUUUAACGACCGGAAGAAGCAGGGAACGAGACUGCACGUUUUGUGGAUUCACAUUGGCGUCAUUUCCGGUCGGCCGGCGUAUGUUGAUGAGUUUUUCAUUGCAGCAAGUCCAGUUUCCGGCGCGAUACCGUUGCUCGCCGUGGCCGACAUGACGGCAACAGCUGGUGACGUGACAGCAGAAAGUAACGUCGUCAUGUACUCAGACGCAGUGGAAGGACCCACGUGGGUGAUCAUGGUGGUGAGGAGGUCACGUGCAACGCCGGAAGUAGGGGGCUACUUUAGCAUAGGAUACAAUGAAAGUUACGUAACAGUCAGUGCACAGGUUAGUGCCCAUGACCUACAGACCUUGCUGCUGGACAAGUAUCCAGAGUUACGUGGUUACGGCCUACAUGUGGACAAACAUGGCGACUGCGUUAGUCCAGAGUGGACGCUAACCUUCACAGGGGGUCCAUGUGAUUCACCAGACUUCCAGGUUUUCAAUGUGUCUCUUAAUGGUGAUGACCCGCAAGUGAUAAACUACAUCAUCGACGGCGGGGUCAUCUUGUCUCCAAUACCAGGGGACAUGUUAGCGACGCCGCAUAUGGAACCUCAGGUUACUGUGACUGUGAACGACAUCCCGUCUACCUGUUACCAUGGUGACUGUACGUUCUACUAUACGACCGUCUCCAUGCCAACCGCCACAACAGUCAACCCUUCCUCUGGUUCCGCAGGUAAAACAAUAGAAGUCACUGGCUCUGGAUUUCCAAACGAAUUGGGUGCCAUAAAUGUCACAGUGGGUGACGUCACCUGUGAUGUGGUCUCCGUGACGUCGACAAGUGUCAGGUGCACUGUCGGGCUGAUGACGUCUGGCGGCGUGCACCAUGUUGUUGUUUAUGUCCAUCCCCAUGGUUACGCUAUAAACUUGCAAGGACCCCUGACGUUUACCUACAGCGUGAAUCUUACAGGGAUUCAGCCUAUUAGAGGUAGCACUGCUGGGGGAACACUUCUGACUCUGCACGGGGAUGGUAUCAACAACGCCACCGUGUGGAUCGGAAAAGAACUCUGCACUUCCGUCGAAGAGGAUAACUCUGGUUCUGGGACGAUACAGUGCACAACGCCUGCAAUAGUGGAUAAUGUUAACACUGUGGCUAACGUCACGGUAGAAGUGGGUGGGGCCAGCGCCAUGUUGGAAGGCGCAUUUACAUACGGCCCUUCCAUUACACCUGUCGUCACGGUUUCCAUGCCAACGAACGUUUCAGUGUCAGGAGGUGACAUAUUGCAGCUAGAGGGCUUUCUUUUCGGAAACAACGAUUCUCUAAUAUCUGUGACUAUUGGGUCGAAUAUAUGUGAGAUAACGGACCUGGUCACCGACAACAACAUUUCAUGUAUCCUUCCACCACAACCCCAGGGGCGAUACCCUGUACUACUUUACGUAGAUGGCGUCGGAUAUGCCUACAGCAGAAACCCUUUGGAGAUAGAGUACGUCUUCAGGGUUGACACCAUCUCUCCCAUCGAAGGCUCGUUAGCAGGUGGAACGGAACUACGUAUAAAUGGCGAAGGUUUUCCAACAAACAUUUCUGCAACGGAAGUUAAAAUUGGACCUGUCCUUUGCGACAUCCAGGAGAUAUCUGAGACCACCUUGUUGUGUGUAACGCGACCGUACGUCAGGAGGUACCGUGUCAUAAAUGUCGUUUCUGGUUCAGUGUUGGCAUGGGAACCAGAAGUACUGGAGUGUAAGACUGGCGACGUAGUGGAGUGGCAAUGGUCAACGCUAGAGGGCGUGGUUGAUCUAUCGAAUGGUGUACACAGGAUCUCAGUCACCAACGCUAACGACACUGUGGUUUUGGAAGAUUCAUUUUCUUCUGAUAAGGGACCUGUUACGUUCAAAUUCAUCAAUCCUGGAGUCUAUAAUUAUGAAAGCCAAUUCAUGGGAUCACAACAGGACAUCAUAAUCAACGGGACUGUUAUCGUAACGGACAGAACGGAAGAAAUUGAGAAAAUAGCGCUCGCCUUCAGCGGAAUCUUUGCGGACAACAAAACCGACAUCCUCAGCUACACAUUCUCCGACAGCCACACACCUGUAGUUACCAAAAUCACUCCGCUAGUCGGCGCAGCUGGAACCGAGGUUGUUUUGGAAGGGAAACACUUCAGUAACACGGUUAGCGGCAACCGGGUCCACAUCGGACACUACAACUGUAACGUCACUACUGUCAGCGAGUCAAAGAUUGUGUGCACCGUCAACGAUCAAGAAACACUACCAACAGGAGCAACACUGCCCGUGUCUCUCAAGGUAGCAAAUUACGGAAACGCCGUGAUUUUGGAAGAGAAUGCCAUGUUUUUAGUUGUUCCGGUAAUUAUGAGUCCGGCACCAUCCUCCGGAUCUGUCGCCGGUGGAACAAGGAUCUCCAUAUUUGGCUGUGGAUUCCACAGGGCUGGGUAUGAGACCAAAGUUGUCAUAGGAGAAGAACUCCAGUGUGAGAUAAUCGAACUUUCAUACACAAACGUCGUGUGUAAAACAGACUCAAGUACAAUAGGAACUACAAACACGUCAUAUCAGGUUUCUGUUGUUGUUGGCAACGCCGAAUCGAUGUGUCUCACAAACUGUGAUUUUCAGUACAGUUCGGACAAUAUUCCAGUUAUUGAUGAUUUAAGAGUUGACACAUUUUGGAUGGAUCUCGCUACAAUUGACACAGUAUGGAACACUACAGAGAACGGCAAUUUCAAUUACACAACUGCUGUAACUCAUAUGUCAUCAGCUGCACAAAAUGUAACUCUGAUGGAUCCAUCCAAUGGGACGUUUGCAGAAGCGAGCACGGAAACACCGGAAACCACGCCCGAUACUACCCAUGGAAACUCAUCUGUCAAUGCAGCUUACACUUCACUUUUUACCAGACCCUACAAUGAAUCUGACACUACACCCGUCAAUACAGCUGGAACUACACCAGAUUCUAACGUAACACUCGGGACUUCGGUCAGAAAUACAUCGAGCACUACCACCGGCCCUAUAUCUAUCCAUCCAAUGAGCACUGAGGAUGGGCCAAUAUCAGAGGUGACAGUUACGGCCUUUACUGAAACAACCGAUGAAGUAUAUUUUACAGAAGUCGCAUCUACUGAGGCUGAAAUGAAUACAUCAACAAACACUGUAUUGGAUGGAAAUCUAACCACAGGUUCGGCCACCACAGUGACAACGGAUGCAUUAGUCGUUGAUAACUUUACGACAGGGGCAGGUAAUGUAAAUAGCCCAAUGUCUCCAACAAACAUGGAAACUCAACCAGUUACACGCGCGGCAACCACGAUAUUGCCUACAACUUCUCCAUACUCUCCUGAAAACAUGUCUAUACUAGGAUUAACCACAGUGUCUUCAUCAAUAACUAUGGCUACGAUGCGAAACAACACUGAAGAAGAGCCGCCAUAUUGGAGGACAGAGGUCACAGUCGUCGGGUCAAACUUCCCGGAUGACAUGACGUCAGUGAACAUCACUGUAGGAGACCACCCAUGCAACAUACGGUCUUUUAACAAGCACGUUGUGAUAUGCUGGAUUAUAAACGCCACUGCCGGCCAUCAUGUUGUAGCUUUUAAUGUCGACCAGAGGGGUUUUGCUAUUUUCAAUACCACAAAUGUAGUCACAAUUUCUCCCAUUGUCACAGAUAUAGCUCCAUCCCAGGGAAGUGUGGCAGGUGGCACUGAGAUUGCCGUGACUGGACAAGGUUUUGAUGUACAGGGCAACACUACCGUUACUAUCGGAAAGAAACCAUGUUCUUUUCUUUCUGUGGACUUUGCUGAAAUCAGAUGUACCACUCCCCCUGGAAGUGGCGAGACAGAAGGUUUUGUGACGGUGAAUAAUGUGGAUUCAGAGUCUUUUACAUUCUUAUACGACCAAGACAGAACUCCAUUUAUUCACUCUGUGUAUCCCAGAAUAGGUGUCUCCGGUGAAAAUCUGACCAUAUUUGGAGAGAACUUUUCCAACAGAACUUCAGGUGUUCAUGUUCUUGUCGGAGGACAGAAGUGUGCUGAUGUUGUCAGUAACGACACAGUGAUCACCUGUACCACAGGUGUGAGGUUCGCAGGUGUGUAUCCGGUGCAGGUGUCAGUGACUGGGCUUGGAGACGCUCUAUCUAAUGCUACGUUUGAAGUUCAACUUCAAGUGACGGGGGUGUCAGAAACAGAAGGUAGUUUCGGUGGUCAUCAGCUUAUCGUCAUCAGUGGGUCCGGUUUCCAUCCCAACAACACGUCAAUCAUUCUGUGCGGGGAGCCAUGUGCUGUUGUUAACAUAUCAAGGGAUCAACUCAGCUGCUUAACUCCCUCCAGAUGCAACGGUAAACAUUAUUCUUUUUAG